CUCAAUUCACACUCAUAUAGAUCGAUUCAAAGAAGGCUUUUGACUAAUGGUUAUAAUCUGGGAAAUUGAACAAGGAUCUUCAUCCAGUAUUCACGAUCAUAAUGAUAAACGAUAUGAUGUGUUUUUAAGUUUCCGAGGAGCCGACACUCGUCUUAGGUUCACAGCCCACCUCUACGAUGCCCUUAUUGAUGCCAACGUAGAUACCUUUUUGGAUGAUGAAGAUAUUAAUACCGGAGAAGACCUCAAACCUGAACUGGAAGAUGCCAUUAGAUCAUCAAGGGCCUCUGUGAUAGUGCUGUCCGAGAACUACGCCACUUCCACAUGGUGCCUUGAUGAGCUGGCAUUGAUCCUUGACCAACGUUUGACCUCUGACCAUAUUGUAAUUCCCAUCUUCUAUCAUGUUGAGCCAACGGAUGUACGGAAGCAACAAAACAGCUUCAAAACAGCAAUGGCAGAGCACAGACAGAAGAUGGAGGCCGAAACAAAUGCAGAGAAAAGAGUUAAUUGGGGUGAAAAGAUAGAUCGCUGGUGUAAAGCGCUGACAGAUGUUGCUAACUUAAAAGGGAAAGACAUCAAAGGCAGGAAAGAGACACAGUUUAUUGAAGAAAUUGUUAUCGAAAUCCGUCAGAGAUUAGGUGUACCCUUAAGUGAUAGUUUGCCACUCCUUAUCGGGAGGUACCGUCAAAUUGAUGAAAUCACUUCAUGGUUGACAGACGGUUCCUCCAGUCUUACUGCUGACAUUCUCACAGUUUUAGGCAUGGGUGGGAUUGGAAAAACAUCUUUGGCCAGAUAUGUCUUCCACUUGCACUCUCGUGCAUUUCCCAAGAGCUGUUUUAUUGAAGGUAUCAAUUCAAAAUGUACCGAAAAAUUUGAUGGAUUGCUUGAUGUACAAAAGCAACUUUAUGAUGUAAUCACAAAAAAGAAGAAGCCACUAGUUCAUGAUCCUCAUGUAUACCCCUCUAAGAUUGAGAAAGCAUUAUCCCGAGUGAAGGUGUUUUUAGUUCUGGAUGAUAUUGACAGUCUCAACCAGUUGGAUGCGUUACUUGGAAACAAAGGUUUUCAUCCAGGUAGCAAAAUCAUAAUAACAACGAGGGACGCAUCGUUGACAGAGAGGUGUGCAUUAUUCAAAUCAGAAGUAGAAUGCAAGCAUACAACGAUCAAAAUAGAAGGCUUGUAUAAAAGUGCAGGACAGAAGCUAUUACGUCUUCAUGCGUUCAAUUGCAGAGAUCCCCAAGAAGGUUAUGAAGAAGUUAUAGAAAAGCUUGUCAAGUACUGUGAAGGACAUCCGUUGGCUCUUGAAGUUCUUGGAAAGUCUCUAUAUAAUCGAGAUAUAGCUUAUUGGGAAGCAUGCGUAGAAAACUUAAAGAAUGAAACUCAUUCGUGUAUAAGGAGGGUCUUGCAAAUGAGUUUUGAGUCGUUGCCAUUCCAUAAUGAUAAGGAAUUGUUUAAGCAUAUUGCUUGUUUUUUUGUUGGAAGAGAUCGAGAGAUUAGCGAAAAAAUACUAAAGGCAUGUGAUAUAAACACAGUCUCUGGAAUCCCAAACCUCAUCGAAAGAUGCCUUAUUAGUAUUGAUCAAUGGGAUAACAGCUUGAAGAUGCACCAACUGCUUCAAGAGAUGGGGAAAGCUAUUGUACGUGAAGAAUCACCCGAUCAUCCUGGAAAGCGCAGUCGAUUGUGGUGUCAUGAUGAGUCAUUCAUUGUGUUAAAAAGGAAAAAGGGUACUGAAAGUCUUAAAGGCCUUGUCUUUGACAAGAGAAUGCUUGAGAAACAUAAGUUUUGUGAUCUGAAAGCAGAUGCCUUUAGCAGUAUGGAUAACUUAAUGAUACUACAACUCAACUAUGUGCAACUCAUCGGGUCUUAUGAGAAUUUUCCAGAAGAACUAAGAUGGCUGUGUUUGCAGGGGUUCCCUCUGAAGUCCAUACCUUUAGACAUACCAAUGGAGAAGCUGGUUGUUCUCGACAUGUCAUACAGCAAAAUCAAAUCAUUUGUCACUUGUUGUACUAGUUGUAACUCUCAACCAUUUGAGGGUGGGCAAAAGCUGAUUGGAUCGUGUUCAAAAGAUGAAAGAAUCCUUGGAUCUUUGAAGAUUCUUCAUCUGAGUUUCUGUGAACACCUUCAUAAACUCGGUUGCUUUUACGAACUCCCUAAACUUGAGAGGUUAAUAGCUAGAAAUUGCAUACGUUUGAUUGAGAUUUGUGAAUCGUUUGAGGAUUGUGCUGAACUUUGCCACAUCGAUCUUAGUUACUGCGUCAAGCUUGAAAAGAUUCCAAGAGCAAUACACAAGCUGAAGAAGGAUUUCAAGCUAUUUCUAGAUGGUUGCAAUACCCAUGAAUCUAUUCUACAAGAAUUGGUAUACUCUGCUAUUUCAUUUACGAGCUCCUUAGUAAGUUUAUCUCUUGCAAAUAAUAAUUUGACCAACGAAUCCUUUCCGAUGGACUGGAGUUGCCUAUCCAGGUUAAAGUAUUUAUGUUUAGAUGAGAAUCCUAUCGUUUCUAUGCCUAAUUGUGUAAGAAGCCUUUGUUGGCUUGAGGAACUUAGUAUGAAGAACUGUAAAACCCUUCUGUCAAUCGAGCAUCCUCCGCGUACGCUAAAACAAUUGGACGUUAAGAUGUUUGAGGUACGUUCAGAUAAUAAGCCUUUGUUACAGAGAAUUUCGUUUGAUCCGGAUAUGUCUCCAAUCAGUAUAGCUGGAGUUCCAGAAUCAUUCCAAGCUUGGUCAUAUGAAAUAGAAGGGAUGGUGAAAAUCCAACCACUAGAAGGUGUUGAGGAAAAGGUUUUAUGUAGUUUGGGCUGGACUAACUUAUCAGACUUCCUUGAUAAGACGGACAUUGUCAGAACUUAUAAUUCCAGAAGAGGAAAAGCUGUUGAGCAAUUUCAAAUCCAGAUGUAUUAUGAAUUUGGAAUAUUCAGCACAGUUUAUGGAGGGCAAGUGAUGCCAGAUUGGAACAUAAGUAUACACAGCCACACACCAAUAUCAUUUACUAUCCCUUCAAUUCCUAAUAAGCAGCUCAGAGGUCUCAACUUUUGUUAUGUGGAGAGGUGGAAGCAUAGAGAAGACCCUUUUGGAUAUCCACUUGAUCGUUUAUCUGUAUUGCCAACAAUUGAAAUGAUUAAUAAAACAAAAAACCGUACAUGGAUAUACAAGCAUUGUAAUGAGGAAAUUGAUGUAGGUGGAGAGUGGUUAACAUUUCUAAGCCACUGGAUGUUUGGAAUGAAUGACAUGGAAGGUGGCGAUAAAAUUAUAAUUUACAUGAUAAGAGGCGCGUACACAAUUGAGGAAAAGGUUCAUCAAGGGGUGUGUUUUUUGUAUGAAGAUGAUGAAGGAAGCACGGAAGAUGAAGAUGUGUUGGAGUAUUACAAGUCAUGGAAUCACAUCAUUGGUGGUGAUCUUUCUCCUUUUGAGGAAACAACCGGACAAUACUACCUAUGGCACCAUAAAUGGUUCCUUGAUUACAGGUCCCCCAAGGAUAAACCAAAAAAUACCGGCCCUUCAUUUAGAGCUUUCUCCAAAAGGAGAAGUCCCAAUUAAGUUGGUAGCAUCCAGAAGUAUAUAUGCUCAUGAUUUCAACUUCCAAAGUAACCUCAAACACAUCGGAAUAAUAUGCAUACUUUAAAGUUCAAGGUCUUGGGAGACCAUCAUGGAACGAACUCUUCGAAAUGGCAACAUAAAGCAUAUACAUGGAAAUGGCAAAUUUGGUAAUCUGUAUAUAGUUUGUUGUUUUUUAGUUUGGACAUCUCAGCUUACAACUUGUAGGCUUGGGGCCUGCCCUUAUAUAUCUUUUUUAGUUGUGGUUUUGUAGUUAUGUAACCUUUAAGUCAAAGAAUGGACGUAUAUUUGUUAUCGGUUUGAUAUUCACAAAGAUAUUUUGUACUCCAUCGAGGUAGUUAUCUUUGCUAGUAGUACGUAUGCAUAAUUGUAUUUUGAGAUUAGCAC